CCUAGCCCACCUCAGCCCACGUACGCGCCGCCAGACGUCCAACUCCCCAGUCCCGACUCCCGUCUCCCAACCUGGCGACCCGCCCACCGCCGGCCGCCGACCGCCAGCGCCGGGCACCACCGCCUACGAGGUUGUGCCUCCGCUCCACGCCGCGCGGUCUCGACGCUCGACUCCUGCAUCCCGCUGGGCGUCGGCCCCUGCUUGGGCGCGCCGCUCCCCCGCUCCCGCUGGCCGUCGGGGCCCCGCGGCGGCGCACCUCGGGGCCUCCACGGCUGCACGCCAGCCGGCAGCCGCCUGCCCGCCUCCCGCCCGGCUGCCGGCCGCCCCUUUUUGGUACUGCUGGACUUUUUUACUUUGCUAUUAGAUAAUACUGGAUCGCGCUUUGAAAUUUUGUGCCAGGACUACCCUAGAUUCAAUUCCUGGGUCCACCGCUGGAUAGAAUAGAAGGAAGGGAGUCUACCUAAAGCCAAAUCUCUGAUCGUCGCCCUCCCUCCCCUAACGCCGCUGAAUCAUUCCGUCGCCGCUCAGCGCCCACCCCGCGCGUCCGUUUGCAUCGAGCCUCCGGACGCCGGGUAGCACCCAUCUACCGCCGCCCUAACCUCCUCCGUUGAAGCCUGAAAGCUCAUUCGGGAGGGGCCGCACGCCGCCUGCUUGACGGAAUGCGUCACUGAGACCGGUACCCUGUCAGUCAGCCAACAAUGUCCGUUACCGGGUCAGCCGUAGGGCGUGGCGCGGCUCGUCCGCUCAUGCGGCUGGUCACCAUGAGCGGCGCGCCGAUCCUGCGGCAGCUGCACCUGGAGGAGCGGCUCCUGCGCCGCACGGAGGACAACUGGUGCGUCAUCAACGACGGCACGAUGCCUCCCACUAUCGUCAUGGGCGUUUCCGGGAGAGUCUCGGAGCUUGUCGAGAUAGAACCCGUCCUCCGGGACAGGGUGCCGGUCGUCAGGAGGUUCAGUGGAGGUGGCACCGUCAUUGUUGAUCAGGGGACGGUGUUUGUGACAUUCAUAUGCAAUAGGAGUGCUGUCGAAGGGUUGCAGCCCUUCCCGAGGGACAUCAUGUCAUGGAGUGGACAGUUAUAUGGCAAAGUGUUUGACAGAUUUGGUGAAUUUCAUCUGCGUGAGAAUGACUAUGCAUUUAAUCAUCGCAAGUUUGGUGGAAAUGCUCAGUCAAUAACAAAAAAUCGUUGGAUUCAUCACACAUCAUUCUUGUGGGACUAUGAUGUGAAAAAUAUGGAUUAUCUCAAAAUCCCGAAGCGUGCACCUGAAUAUCGACUGGCAAGAAACCACACAGAUUUCUUGUGCCGCAUGAAGGAGUAUUUGCCUUCGCGGUCAGUCUUCACUGAUAGGGUCAUCACGGCCCUGGGAGAACACUUCUCAGUCCAACCCACAGACUUGGAAACAGUGCUUUCUACCGUCGAAGAAUUCUUGCCUUCAACAAAGCUGUUGUCUGAACAAGACCUAGAGGAAAUUGUUUCCUCCAAAGAAUCCUCCCUUAGAGUACAGAAAGCAGAAGAGGCAUGAUCAUGAUUACAUGAACUCUUUUCUGCUGUGCAAUCUGAAAGCAAAUCGUCGGCAAGUGUCACACUACAGCUUAAUCCGAGCAAUUUUGCGCAUAUAUUUGCUGUGAUUGGAAGCGAUAUUGGAACGGUAAACCAGGAAAAAUUUGUCCCUUGUCAGUUACCCACCGUUUGUAGUUGUAGCUUGAUUGUUUCUUAUACGUGCUACUCUACCUCUGAGAACACACUCCUGGAAACAUUGUUGUAUUCACUGAUAGAUAACGGAGUGCCCGAGCAAUCGAUUCUGGAAACUGAACUGGUGGCUA